ACUAAGCAAUGAAAUAAAUAAAUCGUUUAUGCCUGAACGAUUAACCUGUUCUAAGUUCAUAUUAAUCACACAAAUCGUGCAGUUCUUUAUCAAAUUGCAACUAUAUUUCUUGUUGUUUUUCAUUAUUAUCAUCAUUCGUCAUGAUAUCCGCCAUAUCGAUUUUGAUGAAAAAGUGACGACAUACCGAUUGCCGACUACCGACUACUGAAUUUCAUGUGAAAUUUUUUGGUUUACUCGAGUACCAAAUCAAAACUUUUAUUUUACUUAUUUUAUUUAAAAUUCAUAAAUUGCUUAUACGUUAUCUUUGUAGGAUAGAGCAAUAGGGUGAAAUGUGUAUGCCCGAUUUGCAGAAACCUUCUGAUGACUCGUCAAUAUCUGAUGAAGAAGGUGUGCCAGAGGAGGAACAAAGUGAUGAAGACAUUUAUCACUCAAAUUCUGACAAUGAUUCCUCAUCAGAUUCAAGUUUAGCUGUUAUUUUACAAGAUGAUGAAGAUGUAAGUGAUGAUGAUAUUGAAGAACAAGAGGAUGACGAUGAUGAUGAUGAUGAAGAAGAAAAUAAUGAUGGUGGUGGCGGUAAUGAAGAUGAUGACGAAGAUGAAGAAGUAGAAGAGGACGAAGAAGAUGAGGUGGUAGCAGCUUUUCUUUCAGCUAGUUCAGACAGAAAUAGAAACCAUCCACCUAAUUUAUCCGUCGGUUGCUUAAUUGGUGGAUUCUCUUUUCACCCGAACACAAAUGUUAUUGCUCUUGGUCUUUCAAAUGGUGAUAUUGCUAUGUACAAGUAUUCAAAUGAAAUGAAUGAACAUUUGAGAACAAAUGAUAAUGUUCAUUUAAAAAAAGUUAUGGUAUUAGAAUUUAAUGAAACUGGUGAUUACAUUUAUUCAGCUUGUAAGGACAACAAUGUCUCAGUGUCUGAUGCUGAAACAGGAAAAAUGAGAGUAUACUUUGAAAAAGCUCAUACAGCUGGGAGUUUUGUAACAGCACUUUCUUUUAUUGAUGAAAAUUUGUUUGCUACUGGUGAUGAAGAUGGUGUAGUUAAUGUUUGGGAUAUAAGAGCAAAUGGGUGUAGAUUUUCAUUAAAGAAAACUGAGGAUAGUAUUAAUUCAAUGAUCACUAUUAAUAAUAGUAAUAAUCAACCUACUUUAGCUUGUACGUCAGGUGAUGGUACAUUGACCAUUAUUGACUUAUCAACAAAAAAAAUGGUUGUCCAGUCAGAACCCUAUAAGUCUGUACUAACUAGUUGUGUAACAAUGAAGCGAAAAACAAAAGUAGUAUGUGGUACUGGUGAAGGAUCACUAAUUACAUUUAAUACGGGAGAUUUUAGUGUAUUCAAUGAUGAAUUUCCAUGUGUUGAUAAAGGCGCUGCUGUGAACAGAUUAGUUCCAGUUACAGAAAACAUUAUAAUAAGUGCUUUAGAUAAUGGAAAAAUCAGGGCAACAAAUUUAUUUCCCAACUGUCAUUUAGGCAUUGUUGGUCAUCAUCAAGAUAUGUCUGUUGAUCUUUUGGAUAUAUCAGACAAUGGUCAUUUAUUAGCUUCAACAUCUUAUUUCAGUAGUAUUGUUAAAUUUUGGAAUAUUGAAUUCUUUGAGGAUUUUGAUUUAAAAAAACACUUUAAGAAGAUCAAUCCAAAAGAUUUUAAUUUGCCAUCAUCAAAUGUUGUAAAUGCCACAGACUUUUUUUCCGGUCUUCAAUAAAUAUUUGUAAAUGGUGCAUUGUAUAUAAAACUUUUUAGAUAAUGUAAAGACUUCAAAUUUUAUUAUUAGAUUCACUUGAAAUAACAUUUCUGAUGGAAUAUUUUAUCAUAAAAGAUUUUACUUGGUAUACAUAUAUAUUUUUUAAUCUUUAAAUUAUAUAUUCUUGUUUAAAUUAUUUAAAAAACAAAUUUUUAAUUUAAUUUAAAUUAACUACUCUGUGCCACGAGAGAAUGACAGUAAUCCUAGCUAGAUUUUUACUCACCGUAGUUCUAACUACUGAGUGGCAUGUAUACAUCGCUUUACAAAAACAUAUUUAAAAAUUAAAAUAUUUUUUUAUUAGAAAUAUCUUCCAAAAUAAAUAUAAUUAUAAAUCUAAAUAUAAAAUAAAAUUACUAUAUCAAACACAUUAGCUAUUUUACUAAAUAUUUGUCUAAAGUCAAACUAGAUAUUUUCAAGUUAGACGUGUAAAUUGAUAAUGCCAUAUUAAUAAAAUAAUACAUAUAGAAACUUUUACUUUUUUUCUCUGAUUCUUUUUAGUGGUUGUUACUUUAAUGCAAUUAUCCAUAUUAAAUAAUAAUAAAAAAAAAUUACUUAAAAAAUAAGUUAGUUCAAAUAAAAAAAAAAGUUGUAAUUACUACCACUGUGUUCAACAAUGCUUCUUAGUGAUCGCGAUCAUGGUUUGGUAUGCAGUAGGAGGAUUGAGUAACAGACAAGUUUUAAUGAUUCUCUCGUAGCAUGGAGUAUUAUGUCAAAUUUUACACUCAGUAUAGUACCUAACAUACAUUAAAACUACAAAGUUGUAAUUAUAUAGCUUUUAUGAAUACAAUAAAUAAAUCCAAAAGUA